GGAGGAACAUCGCCAGUCAACAACCCGCAAAACAACUAAAACGAUGGCAGCAGUCGCCGGUGUUGUGGCUGUCGUGCACUCCUCCGCUCGUGGCAAACCGCCCUCUCGCCCCAAACGCCCACAAGAGGAAGACGCGGACGAAAAAGUGCUGCGUCGACGUCAACAGUACAAAUUCCACCAGCGUCGCCACCGAGCCAAGCAAAAAGAGAAAAUGGUCACGCUCACCCACGACAUGCAGCACCUCCUGGCCGAGAUCGAACAGCUCAACCACAAGCGGCAAAAGUUGCUUGUGGAAAGCAACUGCUUCAGCUCCCGAGGCACCGACACGGGAGUGCCUGCUCGCCUUACUAUGGAAUAUUUCCGGCUCUUUGAGUACGGCAUCUCGCCACACAAGUUGCCGCAACAGGAGCAGUUCCUUCGCUCCAUUAUGACCGCAGACACGGUCGGCCCGGACUACGCCGGCGUUGAAACUGUCAUCAUGCUCUGGAAGCGCUUCAGCGACUUCUUCGUCUAUAGCCGGUACGAGCCCCUCUCCAUGAAUGUGUCCACCUUGGCGGACUCUACGGUCGUCGUCAUGGACACAAACUUCCACAUCAGCUGCCGUAAAGACGGUGUGCUGGCACUCUAUCCUCCAGUACCGCUUCGAGUUCGACGCCAAUGGACUUGUGACGUGGUUUAG